AACAAGUUUGGGAGAAUGUUGAGUUCAAUCGCGCCGGAGCCGCGAUGGAGCGCAGCGCACUGCAGUGGGUCGGCGCCCCGUGCGGCUCGCACGGCCCCUACGUCUUCUACAGGGCGUUCCGCUUCCAGCGCCGCGGCGGCGGCCGGGCGCGGGUCCUCUCCCUCGGCGACUUCUUCUUCGUGCGGUGCCGCGCGGAGGAGCCCGCCUGCAUCGCGGAGCUGCAGCUGCUCUGGGAGGAGCGCACCAGCCGGCAACUUCUCUCCAGCGCCAAACUUUAUUUUCUCCCCGAGGACACCCCCCAGGGCAGGACCAGUGACCAUGGCGAGGAUGAAGUUAUUGCUGUUUCAGAAAAAGUGACUGUGAAGCUUGAGGACUUGGCAAAAUGGGCACAGUCGGAUUUCUCCAAGUGGAAGUGUGGUUUCCGGGCUGAGCCGGUCCAGCCCAUGGAUGUGGGGAAGAAUGGGCAGAAAGAGGCCUUGACAAGAUACAGACAAUCCACACUGAACAGUGGCUUGAACUUCAAAGAUAUUCUGAAGGAAAAGGCUGACCUUGGUGAGGAUGAUGAAGAUUCAAACCUUUUAAUUCUCAGCUACCCACAGUACUGUCGCUACCGGUCCAUGCUAAAGCGCAUCCAGGACAAGCCCUCGUCAAUCCUCACAGACCAGUUCGUGUUAGCCCUUGGAGGAAUUGCAGUGACAAGCAAGAACCCCCAGAUCUUCUAUUGUCGGGAUACAUUUGAUCAUCCCACCCUAAUAGAAAAUGAAAGUAUAUGCGACGAGUUUGCGCCAAAUCUUAAAGGCAGACCGCGCAAAAAGAAGCCAUGCCCACAGAGAAGAGAUUCAUUAAAUGGCAUUAAGGAUUCCAACAAUAAUUCUGAAAGCAAAGCUGUUGCCAAGGUAAAAUGUGAGGCUAAGUCAGCUUUGCCCAAACCCAAGAGUAACAACAGCAACUGUAAGAAAGGCUCAAGUGAGGAUAAAUCAAAGAUUGCCAUAGGUGAAGAAUGCAGAGCUGAUGAGCAGGCUUUCCUUGUGGCUCUUUAUAAAUAUAUGAAAGAAAGGAAAACACCAAUUGAACGAAUACCCUAUUUAGGUUUUAAGCAGAUUAACCUUUGGACUAUGUUUCAAGCUGCUCAAAAACUGGGAGGAUAUGAAACAAUAACAGCCCGUCGACAAUGGAAACAUAUUUAUGAUGAAUUAGGUGGUAACCCUGGAAGCACAAGUGCUGCUACAUGUACUCGUAGACAUUAUGAAAGAUUAAUCCUGCCAUAUGAAAGAUUUAUUAAAGGAGAGGAAGAUAAGCCACUGCCUCCAGUGAAACCUCGAAAACAGGAUAACGGUUCCCAGGAGAGUGAAGCAAAAACAAAAGUGUCUGCAACAAAACGCAUCAAAAAUGAAAACCAAAAGAGCAAGAAGGAAAAAGAUAAUUCACAGAAACCCCAAGAUGCAUCUGAGGUUUCAUCAGAACAAGAGAAGGAUCAAGAAUCAGCAGACCAGAAGAAUUUCCCUGAACAUCCUACAGUGGGAGAGGUGAAACAACCUAUGCAAGGCCCUCCAUCUCUUUUACCAGAGACUGCUCGGACACUGCCUCUGGAGAAGACAGACAUGACAGAAAACAGCACCAACAGUGAGAAAGCCAAGGAGGAGGUUCAGCACUCGUCCUCUUUCUCGAGUGUUUCUGUGCCUGAGGAAGAAGACGCUGUGCUGGAUGCCACUGUCACAAAACGAUUACACCCCUCACCGGAUGCCCUGGAAGACACAAAGCCUGAACAAAAACUACACAAAGCUUUUACUGACAGCCUGGAAAGUGAACAUCCAGAAAUGCCCUUCACUGCUUUCCCAGUCCAUCUGCCCACUCAGAGUGACAUGGAAGAUGAGAAACUGCCAGGGAUGGCCGAUUACAUCGCAAACUGCACGGUGAAAGUGGACCAGCUGGGAAAUGAAGAUAUCCACAAUGCACUAAAGCAAACACCCAAAGUCCUGGUGGUGCAGAACUUUGACAUGUUUAAGGAAAAGGAGCUGCCCGGGUCCAUGAACGAUGACUCCACUUUCAGUUACACACCACUGCUGUACUCUAAAGGUAAUCCAGGCAUCAUGUCACCCCUGGCAAAGAAGAAGCUGCUGUCACAGGUCAGCGGGGCCACGCUCUCGUGUAACUAUCCUUAUGGUUCUCCUCCACCUUUGAUCAGCAAAAAGAAACUCAGCAGCAGAGAUGAACUGUCCUCAGGCGUAUCGCAAGGUCCCCAUGCCCCUAAUUCUGAUCCUGUAGCAAUUAAUAGGCCCUCAGUCAUACAACAUGUACAGAGUUUUAAAACCAAGGAAGAAAGGAAGUCAAUUAAUAAUGUUUUUAAACAUGACAUGCUAAGUAAACCGGAUCCUCAGCGCUGUGAUUUUUCAAAACAUCACCUCAGUUCUCUUGCCGAGUCAUACCUACCGAAGUUGGAUAUCCAGGACUGCAAAGAUAAAAUGAGUGAGAAAAGGGCACUGCAGCACUCCCAUGUGCCCACUUUCUUGGCAGAUUUCUAUUCAUCACCUCAUCUGCACAGCCUUUAUAGGCACACAGAACACCACCUUAAUAAUGAACAGACAUCAAAGUACCUCCCCCAGGACAUGUUCAGAGAGUCUGAAAAUAUUUCUACUUUUACUCAACACAAACACCAAGAAAAACUAAAUUUAAAUUAUCGGCCGUCUUUGCAUCAGCAAGAAAAAAAGACAACAGUGGAGGCCUCUUCAGAUGAUCAGCCAACAGAUUUGAGUCUUCCAAAGAGCAUACACAAACAGACUGCAAAGGUUCCAGGCUCCAGUCUCCCUCACUCAUCCACAGCCCAGCAAGAAUGCAAAGGGAUCUCCCCAUUCCAGGCUGGAGGCAGCCAGGCGGUGAGCCUAGACUGUAACCCCAAAGCUUGCCGUGUGUCCCCUAUGGCAUUGACAGCCCCAAAAAAACACAGCGAGUUGCUCCACAGGUCUGGGAAGCAGCAGGCCCAGAGGCUGGAGAACCUGAGGAAGAUGGAGGGGAUGGUGCAUCCUAUCAUCAGCCGCAGAACGAGCCCUCAAAACGUGGGGGCUGCCCGGCCUCUGAAAAGGAGCCUGGAGGAUUUGGACAAAGUUAUUUCUGAAAAAAAAAUCCGAGCUGUCUCUCCUAUUCACUUACCAAAGGAGACCCCGGUGAAAGAGAAGGUUCCCGACCAAGAGGGGGAAGGUAGCAAGUCAGUGCAUGGCCUCCAUUCUGGCAGCAUGCUGGAAAGCCACAAAUUUCCCCUGUCAGCCCCCAUCUUCCCAGGCUUGUAUCCGGGAAGCCUGUGCACGGGGUUGAACAAUCGCCUCCCACCCGGGUAUUCUCAUCCCCUGCAGUACUUGAAAAAUCAGACCAUGCUAUCCCCACUAAUGCAGCCUUUGGCUCUUCACUCCUUCAUGGUGCAGAGACAAUUCCUCACGUCCCCUGCAAACUCCCAGCAACUGUACAGACACUUAGCUGCAGCAGCACCUGUAGGAAGUUCCUACGGUGACCUUUUGCAUAACAGCAUUUAUCCUUUAGCUGCUAUAAACCCUCAAGCUGCAUUCCCACCUUCCCAGCUAUCCUCUGUACAUCCGAGCACAAAACUGUAAACCUCCCUCGCUCACAAAGAAAGGUCUGAGGAGAAAGUUCAGUUAGCCACAUUCCUCCCCCUGUGACGAUGUCUUGCAGAUUUAGCAAUCUGUAUUUUUGUCAACCAGGAUGCAGUCGUAUCCCGCCUAGAGGAGCAUCUUGGAGUUGGAUGGAGACAGGACUGCUUCUUUAAUUCUGGCUCCCACAUCAGCCCCUCAUCCCUUAUCCCCGCCCUUGAAAAAAAGAAAACCAAGCCAAAAAAAAAAAAAAAAAGCCAACAAAACAAAAAAAACAAGCCACACAAAAAAAAAGGAGAGAGAAACAAAAACACAGAAAAAAAAGAAUUUUUUUUGGAUUUUGCGUAUGUGUUUUCUGAAAGGACUUGAACAUGGUAAGAGCAGAUGUUCAAAGGGAGCCGUGGAAACGCAGGCCCAGUCCUGAGCUCACUGAAGCCCCAGUGAGGGCUGUGUUUGCCUUCCACUGAGCCAAGGACCGGAGGCUGUGCAUUGUUGCAAAUGAGUCAAGGACUUCAGAUGAACCUGGAAAGGAGAAGUGGGCCGAGAAUCUGUACAAUCAGUGGAUGUGCUUUUUUGGGUAACUUUUCCUGACUUUUAAAGAUUCAAUCAAUGCAAUGUAUAGUAAAACGGCAAUAGAUUUUUUCAUUUUAACACUAUUAGAACAGAAUGGUAAACACUGUUUAAUUUGACUGUACAUAUCCACUUCAUAAACUACCAGUGUCACAUUUGGUCACAAUAAUUUAUAUAGUUUCGUUUGUCCAGUAUAUUCUGUGCUCUUUGUGUUUGUUUUUCUGUUUUGGGUUCUUAUUUUUUUUUAAAUUAAACAGUAUCAUUUUAUCUGCAACUUUUUUAAAGGCUGUGGCUGUCCUAAUUUUUCUUUUUUUUAUUACGUGUUUGUAAUUUUUCCAGUUUCUUUAUACUUUGGAGCAGCGUUUUUGUUUUGUUUUUGUCGUAACGUUUACUGUUUACAAACUGAAGCAACUGGUUCAGAUUAAUCUUAAUGGUUAUAAACAUACUGUAGGUGAUGUUAUGGUGCAAGGAUGCGAACAAGGUUCCUUUCCCCACGGCCCACCCCUGUGAGGUGCUGAGCACCUCUCACCCUCCUCCUGUUGUUUCGAUGGCUCCUAGGCUGCUUCUCCCCUCCCUCCGAGCUUUGCUUUCCUGUAUCGUGGUCUGUGAAUUUGUCAAGCGUUGUACUUAAUCUUACCUAGGCUGUGAAACCCUCCUGCCUACCAGAGAAACGGUCUAGAAAACAAAAUCUCCCUGGCUCAAGCUGCUGAAUGACAAAAGAGUGCAGAAAACAGAUCUGUGGUUUGUGUGAAUGUUGAGAAUUUCAGAAGUUGUGAGAGCAGCCAGUGUGGAUCUGAAUCAGAGGUUUACAGGUUGUUUCUGUGCCUCGCAAUGGUAAGGGGGUUCUGUGCAGUGGUUGGGAUGGUCCUUGCACGCUCCCACGGGGAUCUCGGCCUCUCCCUGCACAUCCUUUUGCAGGGGGAAAGCCCAGGCAUGGCAGGGAGAGGCUGGAUUUUCCUGAUGAAAGAGCUUCCUUGUGGAUGUAUACUCACUUUGCAGGACAUCACCACUACGUAGCUGAGCACAGACAUUGAUAAAGCAAAGUGUCACUUGGAGGCUUUAUACAGUGUGAAAAUUGGUUGUGAUUCAAACCAUCUCAGUUACUGUUCAAGGACAGUGUACUUGAUAUGAAAAGAUAAACUACUAAGAAACACUUUGCAUGCUAGGCAUGUCAUUAAAUUUUCCCGUGAUAUGAAGCCAAAUACAAUAUAUAAUGUAUCAUACUUAAUAUCCAAAGGUGGAAACCAGAAUAAUAUACUCGUCUACUGUUACAAAUCCAGCUUCUUCAAUUAAAUACUUUAUAUUCCUGUGGUAAAACUAUAUUUAAUUGAUUGAUAAACAGACUAGUAGAACUUGGAACAUUGAUGUGCCAGUGCAGGGUAUCCUGCUGCUCCACAAGUCAUACAGGAAACAGAACCGCAGGCUCAUCCAGGCAGAGGUCGCAGUGUGGAGGACAUCUCUAGUAAAGUUGCACUACAUCUGAAUCACGUAAGAGUCAGGGGUUUGGGGAUGGGGGGGA